UAUCAUGGAGAGUGAUUUCCCUCCAAAGUGGCAGAUAGGCACUCUGGCUGAGCUUGUAUCGUAUAGCCAUGGACAUGGAGCACUCAACGUCGAUCCCUGAGCCCGAAAAUCAGCUUUCCGCUCUCGUUACCAGCAUACCGAAUGAAGUUCAAGUGAUGGUGGAGAACAUGCUUAAGAUGGUCGAUGGAGUCAAAGAACAUUCUGCCUUAAUAGAGGAGGAAAUAGAGAAAUGCAAGGAUUCUGCUCUACAGAGGAAGAAAACCUUGGAUGAAGAGAAGGAGCAAUUUCAGAAAGUUGCUUCUGCUGUCCUGGACAUGCUCACAAAAAAUGAUUAAGAGGCUAUAAGACAUUCAGUGCCUCAAAUUUCAAAGAAGAAAUCUCUUUCUCUAACUUCUGCGUAUAGUUCUCCACUGUGGUAUAUAUGCAGGGCCGCAGGUUGUCAGUAUUCAGCUGCUUGUCGAUAAAAGAAGGUUUGGAACUGUCACCUGAAAAGUAACAAAUCUCACAGACCGACCUUCGGUCAGUACUGAGUGCUCUAUUUGAUCUUUAGAGUAUAUAUAGAGAGCUCAUCUUUCUCUCUAAAUGCGCCUAAUUUUAUACUUCGAAGUCUUUCUAUGAAAGAUGAGACUCGACAGUAAAUCAUCAUUGAUUUA